AUUCUUUAACCAUUCUUUCUUCUCUCCCUAUAAAUGCCCCCAAACUCUCUCCCUCUCGUCGCGCGUCUUUCGACACUUCUCUCGCCUUUCUCUUCUCUCCUCGUCCUUUCCUCUCCUCCGCCUCUUCUUCGGGACCCCUUCCAUCAUUCCCUGAGAAAAAUGGCAUCACACAUUGUUGGAUAUCCUCGGAUAGGGCCCAAGAGAGAGCUGAAGUUUGCUCUGGAAUCCUUUUGGGAUGGGAAGAGCAGUGCUGAUAAUUUGCAGAAAGUUGCUGCAGAUCUCAGGCGUUCCAUUUGGAAGCAGAUGGCUGAUGCUGGGAUCAAGUACAUCCCGAGCAACACUUUUUCAUGCUAUGAUCAAAUGCUUGAUACAACAGCAAUGCUUGGUGCUGUUCCUCAAAGAUAUGGAUGGAGUGGUGGAGAGAUUGGUUUUGACAUAUACUUCUCUAUGGCCAGAGGAAAUGCUUCAGUACCUGCCAUGGAGAUGACCAAGUGGUUCGACACUAACUACCAUUACAUUGUCCCUGAAUUGGCCCCAGAUUCAAAGUUCACAUAUGCUUCUCACAAAGCCGUGUCUGAGUACAAGGAGGCGAAGGCGCUAGGAAUCGAUACAGUUCCAGUGCUCAUAGGACCUGUGACAUAUUUGCUGCUCUCUAAGCCAGCGAAAGGCGUUGAAAAAUCCUUUGCUACUCUCUCACUUCUGGGAAAUGUCCUGCCUGUCUAUAAGGAAGUUAUUGCGGAAUUGAAGGCAGCAGGUGCUUCAUGGAUCCAAUUCGAUGAGCCGACCCUUGUAAUGGAUCUUGAUGCUCACCAACUGGAAGCAUUUACUAAAGCCUACUUAGAACUGGAAUCAUCAUUCUCUGGUUUGAAUGUGCUAGUUGAAACCUACUUUGCUGAUGUUCCUGCUGAGGCAUACAAGACUAUCACUACCUUAAACGGCAUAUCAGGUUUCGGUUUUGAUCUUGUCCGUGGAACCAACACUCUUGACUUAAUAAAAAGUGCAGGUUUCCCUUCUGGCAAAUAUCUUUUUGCUGGAGUUGUGGACGGGAGGAACAUUUGGGCUAAUGAUCUAGCUUCCUCCCUGAGUACACUUAAUGCUCUGGAGGCUAUUGUAGGCAAAGACAAGCUUGUGACGUCUACUUCUUGCUCACUCAUGCACACUGCUGUUGAUCUCGUAAAUGAGACAAAGUUGGAUGGUGAAAUCAAGUCGUGGCUGGCUUUUGCUGCACAAAAGGUGGUUGAAGUGAAUGCGCUGGCAAAGGCAUUGGCUGGUCACAAGGAUGAGGCCGUCUUCUCAGCAAAUGCUGCUGCUCAGGCUUCAAGAAAAUCAUCACCUAGGGUGACCAAUGAAGAAGUUCAAAAGGCUGCUGCUGCUCUGAAGGGAUCUGAUCAUCGCCGAGCUACAGAUGUUAGUGCCAGACUGGAUGCUCAACAGAAGAAGCUUAACCUUCCAAUCCUUCCUACCACAACUAUUGGUUCAUUCCCUCAGACAAUGGAUCUCCGAAGAGUGCGCCGUGAAUACAAGGCAAACAAGAUAUCUGAAGAGGAGUAUGUGAAUGCGAUCAAAGAGGAAAUCAACAACGUUGUCAAACUGCAGGAGGAGCUUGACAUUGAUGUCCUGGUUCAUGGAGAGCCUGAGAGGAAUGAUAUGGUUGAAUACUUUGGGGAGCAGUUAUCUGGUUUUGCAUUCACAGUUAACGGUUGGGUGCAAUCUUAUGGUUCACGAUGUGUUAAGCCACCCAUCAUCUAUGGUGAUGUGAGCCGUCCUAAGGCCAUGACUGUAUUCUGGUCCUCAAUGGCCCAGAGCAUGACUUCACGCCCCAUGAAAGGAAUGCUGACGGGUCCAGUCACAAUCCUGAACUGGUCCUUUGUGAGAAAUGACCAACCAAGAUUUGAGACUUGCUAUCAGAUUGCCCUUGCUAUCAAAAAAGAAGUUGAAGACUUGGAAGCUGCUGGCAUUCAGGUCAUCCAAAUUGAUGAAGCAGCUUUGAGAGAGGGGUUGCCCCUCCGCAAGUCCGGUCAGGCCUUCUAUCUUGAUUGGGCUGUCCACUCUUUCAGGAUCACCAACUGCGGUGUCAAGGAUACAACUCAGAUUCACACCCACAUGUGCUACUCCAACUUCAACGACAUCAUCCACUCGAUCAUUGAUAUGGAUGCUGAUGUGAUCACCAUUGAGAACUCACGGUCCGAUGAGAAGCUCCUCUCUGUGUUCCGUGAGGGUGUGAAGUAUGGUGCAGGUAUUGGUCCUGGGGUUUAUGACAUCCACUCGCCUAGAAUCCCAUCUGCAGAGGAGAUUAUAGACCGAAUUAACAAGAUGCUGGCAGUGCUCGAGAGCAACAUCCUGUGGGUUAACCCUGACUGUGGGCUGAAGACCCGCAAGUACACUGAGGUCAAGCCUGCACUUACCAACAUGGUUGCUGCAGCCAAGGCCCUUCGGAAGCAGUUGGCUAGUGCCAAGUAGGGCGUAUGCCUACUUCUUAAUAAUAUGAAUUAUGCUUAUUUUCAUAAUGCGGCAAAGUGGAUUUCUUUGGUAUGAGUGAGUGAUAUGACUAUCUGUUUUAAUAUUUGUGUUUGAAGAUUGUUGAGGUAGCUGAAUGCCUUUCCUUUUUUUUUUUUUUGGUGAGAAGACGGCUGAAUGCCUCACUAUGAACUACUUGUUCCUCUUGGAAACUGAAGUAAAAAAGGGGGAAAAUAAAAGAAGAGGAAUCUCUAGUUCUUUUGAUGAAAAAAUAGACCCAUUUUCUU